AUGAUUAUUUUACAAACCAAACUGAGGAUCAUGAUGAACUCCACUCAGGUUUCAUAUUUCAUACUCACUGCUUACUUUGACACUGGACUUUUUAAAUGUUUGUAUUUUAUAAUCAUUUUGUCUUUAUACAUGUUGAUAGUUGGUUCCAAUGUGUUUCUCAUUGUGGUUAUCUGCAUGAACAGAAGCUUACAUGAACCUAUGUACCUUUUCCUGUGCAGCCUGUUUGUAAAUGAACUGUAUGGUAGUACAGGGUUGUUUCCAUUCCUUCUGCUUCAGAUCCUAUCUGACAUUCACACUGUUUCUAAAGCUUUUUGCUUCCUGCAGAUCUUCUGUGUGUAUUCUUAUGUGUGUGUAGAGUUUUCCAUCUUAGCCAUCAUGUCUUAUGACAGAUAUCUUGCUAUCUGUUAUCCUCUGCAGUAUAACACACGGAUGACGUCUAACAAGGUUGCCAUGUUUAUUGCUCUGUCAUGGUUUUACUCAUUUCUUGCCAUUAUUAUUUUGAUAUCAUUGAUUGCCCCUUUACAGCUGUGUGGAAACAUCAUUGACAAAGUUUACUGUUUAAAUUACUCCAUUGUGAAACUGGCAUGCUCUGACACCAGACUCAAUAACAUCUAUGGACUCAUUAUAACAGCUGUUACAGUCUUUGGGCCUCUCAUUUUAAUUCUUUACACGUACAUGAGGAUUCUUAAAGUGUGUUUCUCAGGUUGUAAACAGAGCAGACAGAAAGCCGUCAGCACCUGCAUUCCUCACCUUGUUUCCCUGCUCAACUUCUCUUUUGGUGUGUGCUUUGAAAUAUUACAGAGCAGGUUUAAUAUGAGCAGUGUGCACAGUAUAUUGCACAUUGUCUUGUCAUUAUACUUCCUGACAGUCCAGCCGCUCUUUAACCCUGUGAUGUACGGACAGAGAAUGUCCAAAAUCCGCAUCAUAUGUAAAAGUCUGUUAUUACGUUGUGUUGUAAAGCGUAGAACUGUUCAGGUUGAUUAA